AUGUCUUCCAAGCAAGGAGCGGCCAGCUUGGCCAGGAGUACGGCCGAGCUGUUCAAGAAGAAGUGGUCGCGUGCAUACUUCAUCGUCGCCGUCGUCCAACUUAUUUUGUGCAUAGCUUUUGAAGGUUAUGUCUUUGCCAAAUUCAACGACAGUUUGAAAGACACGGAACAGUCACCGUACAACACCGAUGAGAAAGUCCAGUCACAGCUCAAGACGAUCCCGACUUUCCUUGCACUUUUCAUCUUUGGAUUCCUGUACGAGCUCGUCCUCGUGUGGGACGCGCUUCGGGUCAAGAACACAAUUCAAGUCAUUGGUAUUUGUAUCGCAAACCUUGCUUUGUUGGUUUAUACGUCCAUCCAGGUCGAUCAAAUCCGCGAGGCCGUUGAUAUCUUGAUCACCCAGAACGCUGUGGCCGACUUGACUGUUUGGAACGACGUGCAGGGUAUUCUUAUUGCCAUUCCUUGUGUCAUCGGCGUCGGAACUAUUUGUUACAGUUUCGUCGCUUGGAAGUUGUACCAGGAGUUUGCCUGGGACAUUCUCAAGCAUAUUGGAGCCGACUAUCGCAUGAAGAAGCGAUUCCUCCACUAUCAGAUCUAUAUUGCUCUGCUCAAGUUCGAUUUCUUCUUCUUCAUUGGUUUCACCAUUCAGUUCCUGGUCGUCGUCGCCAACGGAUCUAAGGGAUCGACUGGUGGAUCGACUAGAGCUGAGUUUGGCCUGACAUGUGCUGCCAUUCCAGUCACCAUCGCCAUUCUACUUAGCGCAGCAUGGUUUACCCGAAGAGAGUGGAAAUGGGGCAUGGUCUGCAUCAUGGUUCUCUACCUUGGUGCUCUCGCCUACUUCAUCUUCAAGCUGUCCCGAAUUUACGAUCCAGUCAAGGGCCCGUACUAUGCGCCAGUCAAGAAGUCAAUGACUGCCUUUGCUGUGAUUACGAUCAUAUUGAUCGUCAUCACCAUUGUCAACUGCAUGGUUUGCACAAUGAAUUUCGGCGCUGGCUUGAAGCAGCAUCUCCUGAGCAGCCCCCGACGCGACAUGGACAAGGAUCAAGUAUCCUAUUCCAUGAACGACGUGAAGCAGUCAGCCCUUCCCACCAGGAUGACCAUUGAUUAA